AUGGCUUCACCAACCUCGAGAUUCUCCGGUACUGGAGCUCUAAGCCCCGUCUCCGAGGAUGAAAACGUCAAAGUCGCCCGCCGAUUGACACUUGUACGCAAUCUCCGCGCACCAGCUUUCCAAUACGCAUGGACAUUCUACCAUGACAAAUACACAGACUCUCAAAACUAUGAAGGCCGUCUCACCCUCCUAAAGGAGGAUAUCGUUACCGCCAAACCUUUUUGGGAGGUCCUGAAUUCCUUCCCGUUCGACGCUCUCAAGUUGAAGGACUCUGUACACUUCUUCAAACGGGGGGUAAAGCCAGUAUGGGAGGACCCCCGCAACGUCAAAGGCGGCUCAUGGACGUUCCGCGUGCCGAAGGCGCAGUCUGAAGAUUUCUGGAAGGAGGUCCUGAUGCUCGCAGUCGGCGAACAGUUCGUCGACGUGAUCCAACCACGCGACGAUCUCUGCGGCCUCUCCAUGUCCGUCCGCUUCAACUCGAACCUCAUCACCAUCUGGAACCGCGACGGCGCCAACGAGAAGACCAAAGAUGGCAUCCUGGCCGUCGUGCUCGAGAAUGUCUCGCCCGAACUCAAACCCCAGCCGAGGAACUAUUACUACAAGAGACACAGCGAGCACGCCGGGUUCAGCGAAGUCGUCGCGAGGGCGAGCGAGAGGUCGAAGGAGGCGGAGGAGGGGAGGAUAGCGGAGGCGGAGGUUAGGGGCCCGGAAGGAGACGAGGCGCUGUUGAAGGAUGUUGAGGGGAUAGACCUCAAGGAGUUGGGUGGAGAGGCCCCGGCAUGA